AGGAUGAUGACAAAUCUGUGUGGAUGAUCUAUCACAUAUCAAGGAACUACCAAACUUAUUUUAAUUUCAUCAACUACCUUCCAAGUCUACUAAAAAUGUUUAAAUGAGAUUUGCCCCACCUAAAAGUGCACCUCCAGAAGCGAGAAAAUUUUCAAAAGAUGUCGAAAGAGAGCUGCAAGAAGACUACAACAUAUCGGGAUGGGUUAUAAAGCCAGUGCAACCUGAUAUAACCCUGCUCCGGGAGUGCCUUAACACUGCUCCAAGACGAUGCAGUUCAGCCACAGAACGUACGAGCUGUGGACAAUUGAUCGUUAACUUUGGGAGAGUCAGUUCCAGUCAUCUCAAGCUAAAGUGCUCGCUUACUGAAGGAAGCAUCAAGAACCGGACACGGAGUAAAGACUCUGGAGUAGACGGACUCACGGACAGUGGCGUGGACAACAUGAUAGACAGCAAGACGAGACCGUUUGAGGAGGAUGAGGACGAGUUCUCUGACAUUAGCGAAAGCAACGACGGCAGUAUGGAUAAUGAGCAAGACUCCGAGUUAGCACGGCUGAUGGUGAGUGAGCCGGAACUAAGUGAACAGGAUUCAGGUGGGGACACCAUGCAACACGAGCUCGAUAGUGCUCCUUCUGAGGAACAAACUAAGUUGUCCCAGAGCGAACUUGCAUCCAGUCUUAAAUCUUACGUGGAACGAAGCUCAGUUCUAUCUCGUAAUAAGAGAAGAGCGAAGGGUGACGUAGAGAAAGUGGAGAGAGAGCACCAACUACCAAACCCUGUCACACCCGACAUACCGGUUGAAAGCACCGAAGAUGAGAUUAAAACGGGCUUUGGAACGUCCUACAUAAUCGAUGGAAAUCUGGCUACAGAGAACAGAAAGAUUGCAAACGGCUCCAAUAUGUUCAUAUCCUCUGUUGCUCGCAAACUUAGUCGCAAAGUUCCAUCCUCAAAACCCAAAUCAUCAAAACCCAAAACUACUGAGAUAGGCAAUGGAGCCGUCGAGUUCAGAAAUUUCUUAAAAGAGGUGACAGUGCCGCCCAAACAGCAGCUCUGGUCUCGGUCCAGAAAGUUAGAGCGACACAGCACAUCACCUUCCAUCUGCUCUUAUAAUGAAGUUUGUGCCCAACUUUACGAUGGCAAGAAGAGUCCAGACCAGUUCUUGAAUAGUACAUUCGACAAUGUGUUGCCAAACAACCGACCACCCUACCGAAACGACAAACGGCGCUCCAGCAACUGCAGCUUCAAAUCUUCCUGCUCAAUACCAUCCUUCUCAACUCCUAACCAAGCACUACUCCUCAUCGGCAUGAAGCCGUCCAGUAAACCCCAACAAGAACUCAAUAAAAACAAUUUAGGACGUCCCCCAAUCAGAAAGCCAGGCAUGCAGAAACCUCCUAUCAUGAACAAGACCCGUGGUCUUGUCAGCAAUAAAAACCACCACGUGCUGCAAUUACCAGAGUUAGGUGUAAACGGCUCAGGCGAUCUAGUCAUCAGAAAGAAGCAGAUUAUUUCGGGUUAAUGUCUUAUCCCUUUUUCAACUUAAAAACUUAAAUUAAUAGAUUUGUUAUAAUAAGUUAUUAAUAUUAAUUUCUGAUAUUGAAAGUAUUAAGAUAUUAAUUUGAUUUUUCGGAUGAUUUUUUCACUAAAAACAUAACGUGUCUAUGAUUUUGAAGGUCAUGAAUCAAUAACUGUAGUUACUAAUACAUAAUGAUAUAAAUGUUCAAUGCGCUACUAAAUAUAAGAAGUAAAGUGUUUGAUAAAGAUUUUAUAUUGUAAAAUUUGUAAUAAUGUAAUAUAUCAUGUUAAUACCACCCCACACACUCACUAAUUAUGUAUAUGAAUAUUAUGGACAACCUAUGAAUUUUCGUUUUCUUUUUUCAGAUACAUUCAA